AAAAAACUCAACUGUCAUCGCCGUCCAAAAUAUGUCAAAGAUACAAAACCUCAAAUGGACCAUCUUAACAAAACUUUGCUUCUAUCUCUAAAACAAGAUUUGGUAUCUUUAAAUGAAAGUAUCGAACGUUUGAGCGUCGACAAAGACCUUGCAUCUUGGUUGUUUCCAACCAAAAAUCACCAAUUCGUCAAGAGAUACAUCAAAGACAAAAAGAUUUUCGAAUUAAACGAUAUUAAAAUAAUUUUAGAGUUAAUAAUAGAUAGGUUAUAUGUUGGUAUAAGACUAAUCCUAAUGUUAAUACAGGAUAAUGUAAAAACUAACGAUUUUGGAAGUUGUUUAAUUCUCCAACCACAGCAAAUGACUAUUGGAUGUAGUUUUGAAAAUUUAAGAAAAUUGAUUGGUCAAAUCAUCGAAAAAUUGAAUGAUCAGAACUUCCCAAUCAAAAAUCCAAAUUAUUCGGACCGAAUCAUGGUUCCAAAGACCAAAAAACAUGAAACAAGCCAAACUGACAUUAUUUGUUUGGAGAAAUGCGAUAGUUGCGCUUCAGCCUUGUCAUGCAUGAAAAAUUUGUUGAUUCUCUUCGAAAUACACAAAGAUGACAUUUACCAAACUGAACAAAUGAAAUCAAAUAUCUACGACUUGACUCAGUUCGGGUGUAUGAUGCAAACAGCCAUGACAAUUGAGAAAAGCUUAAAAAACAUUUUGGAAAAAUUAAUCGACAAGGAAAACGAAAACGAUGAACUAAAUCAGAAAAUUAAGAAUUUAAAAAAAGAGAUACAGAGGAAAAAUGGAAAAAUCGCUUUGUUAGAACAAGAAUGUGGAGUACUAAAUGAAAAAAAUAAAAGAAAUUCUUCAGAAAUGGCUAAUUUAAAAUUAAAAAUGGAAACGUUGACCACAUGCCUUACAAAAAACGAUUUUCAAAUAACAUACCUAAAUACUCAUAUCGAAUCUUUAAGUACGAACAUUUCCCUAUUCAAAAAAGAAUCGGACGUGUUAAAAAAAGAAAACUCAAAUUUAUCAGAAAAUUUCGAGAGAAUUAGAAAAAUUAUUAAACAGUUUAUAGACAAGUUGCCAGUGGUUGAAACAAAUCUUUUGAAGAUAGAAAAAGAGCACGAGUAUGUCUUAACAGAAUUCGAAGUUUUAAGUAACGCUUGUGACAAUUUAAAUCAAUAUUUGACUAAAGUCAACAAAAAGAACAAUACUUUGGAAAACAAAACUAAGAUGUUGUGCUGCGACUUCAAGGAAAAUGCGACAAAUUUAUCUAAAGACUUUAAAAACUUUAAAGAAAAAAUUCAGCAAAUGAUUAUUCAGUCACACGUUAACGACGUAAAAACUACCGACAGUAUUCCCAAAAUUCAAAUUAAGGGCAAUCCGAUGGAAGAUAUUGCCAGACAGAUAGAAGAAAACAAUGAAAGGAUGAGAAUAUUACAGAAUGAAAACAAUAAGCUCGAGAGUAUUAUUUCAAAAUUUAAAAACCUAAAAAAAUAA